AUGAAAACUGUGGCCCUUCUCUCCGGUGGCAAGGACAGCGUCAUGUCGGUGUUGUUGGCGAUGCGGCAUGGCCACACCCCCGUUGUCAUCGCUAACAUGGAGCCUGGGGAGGAGGUGGACGAGGUCGACUCUUACAUGUACCAAACGGUCGGCCACGAGGUGAUCGAGGACCUUGCUCGGUGCCUGGAGCUCCCCCUUCGCCGUUCAACGGUGGUGCGCAAUCAGGCAAAAGACCAGUCCCUUCUCUACACCCACGCGCCCCCUGAGGACGACGAGGUCGAGGUGCUUUACCGCCUCCUCAAGACCAUCCUGGUGGAGUUCCCCGAGGUGCGCGGGGUCACGAGCGGCGCGAUCUUGUCGAACUACCAGCGCAACCGUGUGGAGUGCGUCUGCCAGAGAUUAGGCCUUGUUUCCCUGGCUUACCUUUGGCAUCAAAAGGCGGAGGAUGUGCUGGAUAUGACGGUGGCUCUACAUAUGAGGGCUAUUUUAGUAAAGACAGCCUCGGUUGCGCUUGAUCCCCGGGUGAUCCUCGGAAAGACGAUCACAGAGGUUCGUCCAACGCUCGAAAAGGUGGCAAGCAUGUAUGGCACGCAUAUGGCUGGUGAGGGGGGUGAGUUUGAGACUCUCGUACUUGAUUGCCCUCUUUACAAGUCUUACUACUUGCGUUUAAAGGAGCAGAAAUUGGUGAUGGUGGACUCGAACGAAUAUGCCCCAUCUGCCCAUCUUGUGCUCCGCGUUGAGCGAGUUGAAAAGACGGAGGAAGAGAAGCGUGUCGAUGCAGAAGUUCUUCGCAGGUUGCUUAAGGGUGAGAUUUCCUUUCCUUCUGAUCGCACGGCCGUUUUCGCGCGUGUUGUGGAAAGGGCUCUCCCUUUGUGGACCCACGUAAAGCCCAAGGUCCUAAUGCACGUCCCCCAAGUUGACGGUGGCAUCGAAAGGUACUGGGAUAAAUCCUGCAUUCAACUCUUCUUGACAUCCUCCACCACACCAACCAAAAGCAGGGAGGUGGAAUGUGUCGUACACGAAUUUUUAGACCGCAUCCGCGCUUGGUUGGGGGAUGACAAAGUUUUGGUCCACAUCAUCGUCUACCUUCCCAAUUUCAUCGAGUUUGAAAGCGCAUUUCGGUUGGCCUACGAGGCUGCCACGUCCUCAAUUGAUCCGCCUUGCUUUACCAUGUUGGGAAUUCGUAGUGAGCCCGGUGCGACGCCGUGUUUUGAGGUGCUUGCCGCGCCGAAGCCCAGUUCCGAUGCGCGCACAGCCAACGCGGAUGUUUUGCACGCGCAAAGCCGUAGCAGUUGGGCUACCGGGUGUGCAGGGCCGUACGCUCAGGCGCGUCGAGUAGCUUGGUCGGAUGGGUCCUCUCGAGUGAUUACGAGCGCGGUCUUAGGGCUUGUUCCAGAGUCCUGGACGCUUGCCAGAGCAUCCGAUCUCAUGGGAAUCGUCCCUGAUAAUGCUGCUGGGCGAGCCAUGACUACCGUGACGAAAAGUUUUAUCGCACAAUUCAUUUAUGCAGUCUGGAGUGCUGCCGCAUACGGAUCUGUUUUUGCGAAGGAUCUCUGUGAGUGUACGCACGUGACGGUUUAUGUAUGUGCCACGGUUCUUGAGGAGGGCGAUGCCGCCUCCUUGAUUCCUGCUUUAUGGACAUGCUUUUCGGAGAAGAAGUGGGAGAAGGUAAAGGGGCGUAUCCUUACAGUGGUUGCGUUACCUCACAACGCAGCCGUACAGAUUUUGUUGGAAUGGUGUUCUGAGGCGAGCUCGUGA